AGAGAGAGAGAGAGAGAGAGAGAGAGAGAGAGAGAGAGAGAGAGAGAGAGAGAGAGAGCGGGGGAGUGAGAACCUGGCUCCCGCCACACAGCGAGAGCGUUGGAUAGAAGGAGGAGGAGGAGGAGGAACGGAGGGGGAAAUCAAGAGCGGGUGGAGGAGAGGGAGAGGAGAGGGUGGUUAAAAAACAGAAGAAGAAGAAAAAAAAAAAAAAAGGAAGAGCGGGGAAGCGUCGACUUUCACCGCGGACUGAAGGGAGCGGAUCGCUGCGAGCAGAUGUGCAACAACUCCGGGAACUACCGCCACAGCCCGCGUGCCUCCGUCACCUCCACCUCCACCCCCUGCCUCCGCCGUCUCCGUCUGCCCCCCCCCCCCAACUUCUGCCUGGGCUCAGCCUCCUCCCAACUCGCCCCCCCGGGGGAAUGGACUUACACCGGCACGGCCGCGCACCCGGGCUCCCGUCUCCCCCCUCGCACCAGUGAUUCAGCGUCUGAGGAACCAUGGUGAGCAAGGAGGCUGGCAAGUACACGCUCACCAACCACUCAGAGUCCGAGUCGGAGGCGGGCCCCUCGGCGGGCCCUUCUGCGGGCCCCUCGCUGGCCCUGGAGGUGAAGUACCCGCUGGACGCCGGCCAGCAGCAGCAGCAGUCGGUGCGGAAGCGGAACAAGGCGCUGCAGGUGCGCUUCAAGGACAUCUGCGAGGCGCAGAACGAGCAGCAGCGCGAGGCCGCCGCCCUGCAGGCCGGGGGCCGGCCCGCCAAGUCCUCGUCCUACAAAGUGGCGCACCGCAAGUACAUGACCGUGCCGGCACGCCGCUCCAUCCCCAACGUCACGCGCAGCACGGGCGUGCAGACCUCGCCCGACCUGCGCAAGCGCUACCAGACCUUCCCCUUCGAGCGCAAGAAGGGCCAUACCUUCAAGCACGCGGCGGCGGUGGAGACGUACACGGCCCGCGACAACGGCUUCGUGGUGGUGGAGGUGGUGCCGCCGCCGCGGGCGCCACCGCAGCCGCCGCGGGCGCUCGCCGGACGGGGGCUGGACGAGGAGGAGGAGGAGGAGGCGGCGGCGGCGGCGGCGGCGUGCGGCCGGGGCGGGGUCCGUCGGACGCGGGCCCUGCUCCACACCAACGAGUGCGUGGCCACGGUGGAGCAGCACAGGGCGCCGGCGGGCCUGUGCUCUGACGCUCUGCUGCUGAGCUGCCCUGCGGAGGUCAGCGCCCUCCCGGACGCGCCACCAGGGGGCGGCGGCGGCGGGGACUACCAGCUCUGCAGCGUCCCCCCGUCCGGGAACCCCAGGCCCCGGCCGCAGCGGCGGGAGGACGGGGCGGGCUGCGGGGCCAAGAGGCAGCUGCUGAACCUGGAGGAGGGCUCGGCCCGCACCCUGCCGGACAGGGUGUCCAGGGUCACGGGCCCCCUCACCUGGAACUCCCUCACGCAGGUGGAGUGUCUGGACAGCCCCUCCGUGAGGAGGAAGAAGGGCCUGCAGCUCAACGGCCUGCAGUCUCAGACGCUGCCCCGGGCCGGGGCCGGGGCAGGGUGCUCGAGGCAGCCGCCGCCCUCUCCGCCUCUACGGGCCACGGAGGGCCCUCCUCUCCUGUCCCCGUGCGGCGCGGGGGGGCCCGGGGGAGCGAUGGCGCUGGGUCCGGGGUCGCCGGAGGCGUGUAAGCAGAUAGUGCCAGUGACUAAAGACGGGGAUGUUAAAGCACAGCUGCAGGUCAUGGAGAACAUGAUCAGCUCCAGUCAGGAGACCAUCAAGGUGCUGCUGGGGGUCAUCCAGGAGCUGGAGAAGGGCGAGGCCCACAGAGAAGGCCUCUCUUAUCGAACGGGACAGGACACAGCAAACUGCGACACGUGUCGCAACAGCGCAUGCAUUAUUUACAGUGUGGAGCUGGACUUCAAACAGCAGGAGGACAAGCUGCAGCCUCUAAUGAAGAGGCUGUGCCCCCCCGAGGAGUCUGGAUUCCCCCCGCUGCCUUACCCCCAGGAGGCCUUCACCUCCACGCCCAAACGCAAGUCCAAAGCCGACUCCAAGAAGCACCCGCGCUGGAAACUUUGGUUCCUUUGAACCCCGGAUGCAGAAGAAGAGUUAAAAGAAGACCGCGCUUCGGUCCACAGAGUCGACGCCCACCCCCCUCACCCUCCCAACAGGGUGAUUACACCUGUCCUGACCGGCAGUGGGGACGUUCCCCGGACCCCCACUGGGAGAUUACACCUGGCGGUGACGUUCCCCGGAUGAGAAGGGGUCACUCCGGGAUGGUUCCUCUCCUCUUGUUCCCUUUUGUGGUGCCACUGCAGAGCUGCUCUGCUGUGAUACGGGAGGAGGAUCGGGAUGGAAUACACCGGGACCUGGAGGCACCCCGGGGAGUCGGCCGGGAACGUGGGGGGGGGGGGGGGGGGGAUUUGGAAUUGGAUUUUGGGACGCUUACGGAGAAAAUAAAAAAAGUAACACACGUGUUUCGCGGAUGUUUUAAAACUUGUUUCCACGAGAGGAGAGUGGGAUUAUACUAACGCAGCUCUUCUGGGAAUCGUAAAGGAGCGAAGAAAAAAAUACAACGGUUUCCCAUCUAUCUACUUGCAUAUAUUUUUCUAGCUGAAUUAUAACGGAGUACGAUUUAAUUGUUUACCGAUUCCUGCGACUUUCUCAACCUUAUUUAUACUCCACUUAUGGACACUUGAGAUUCACAGACUUUGAGAGAACACGACAGCGCAGCCUAUCACUGUACCGGCAAAGCACAAUUACCAAUGUUCAGGAUACCGUUUCUCCAAAAGAAAAUAUUAAUGCUAAUAAUAAAGAAUAUUUUAACACUCCUCCUAAAUAUGUUGACUUUAUCAAGUCAUAUUUACCCACAAUAUAGGGAAGAAAGGUGGUCAUUCAUCCAAGACGAGGAAGAUGAGAUUUGAGGACAAUGUUGCUCGCUGAGUUAUUUUUUUCAGCCUUUCCUAUUUUUCUGAAAUAUCAAACAAGCUAAGGAUCAAUGACUUUUUGAUCAGAGGUUUGUUUGUUUACUUUCCGGAAAUUAUUACAAUACACACAUAACAGUCAGUCAUUUUUAAAAUGUACAGGAAUAUUCGAACUUCAGCCAGAGAGAGGCAUCUUUGUUUCAACUCAUUUAAGGCCUUAUGAUUUUUGCAGACCGCAUUCAGUGGACCCCUAAAUGUUGCACCUCACAGUCGUAGAAAGUAGUAAAUAAUUUAAAUACUUCCAACUCAAUAUAACCAGCCAGCCAACAUCAACUCUCUCUCUACAGCGAAGACGUCUCUAACGGGAGCCAAUCAGUGGAGAGGAGGGUGGGGGGAGGGGGGGUGGUGUAGGGGCCACCCCUGACCUCUGACCUCAACCAGGGCCUUCCAAUAGUACAGAGCAGGGUUAGGGUCAGUGUGUAUGUAGGGUGGGGGCUUUAUUUUAACAUUCUUAAUCUGAUUUAAGACGGGAUGUUUUCUAGCUUUUUCCAAGAAACAAUUUCUAAACAAAAGGAAAGAGGAUUUUAAAAUGACUUUCAAAUGAAAAAAGAAAAAAUUGGUUUCGUUAAUUUCCAAGAAGCAGC